UUGAGCAUCGAGGAGAGACAUCAUACCAUACCAUUACGUGGGCAUUUUCCGGGCGUUGGGUUGGGUUAGGCGGCACAUUUCGUUUCAUUUCAUUUACCAGCGUAGGGGAUCUAGUAAUCCUUCCUUAUACAUACUUAAUUCAUAAUCACACAUAGUUUCCCUCAAGCUCCUCCCCUGAUGUAUUCUGCGUUCUGCAUUCUUACUGCAGAGCAUGCAAGUCCUCUCUUCACCGCAUGCGCUCCGCUCCGCUCCGCCGUUGCGAGCGAACUACUAUUAGCCGAGCCUCUUGGGACUAACUGUACGACAAUCAAGCAAGUUGAAGCGAAGGAAUGCGCUUGGGAAUCCUUCACUCCAAUCCAAAGCAACAGGCAGCAUGAGUUUACCCACGAGCAAACCAGCUACAGGCACAGACUUUCACAAAACGCAUUACAAUUACACUCGCUUUUCUACUCCUCUAGCCCUCCUGUACGAGCCGUGCCUUUUAGCCGUAGGUGUGCCCAUACAUGUCCAUGCCAGACGCCGUAGCAUGUUGCCCCGCCGAGAUAAUACACCUGUAUUAUACUCUACACAUAGUAUACCGUGGGAAGGGGAGCCCAGAAAAGGAACGCAGCAAACGCAGAAGGAAAGGAAAG